CAGCUGAUUGCAGAGAAGGCGGAGCCUUGCGUGAGCAAGAACCUGGCGCCGGGGCGGACAUCAUCUGCAGCAGAGAACAAGCCGCGACCGCCCUUGCCCCCGUGCAUUGCCGCGCCGAAGCCGCCUCCGAAGGUCCUCGUGGAGCCUUCUUUCUUCCAAGCUGGACAAGAACAGUCUUUCGAUGGAACAAGUGGAAGAGCUGUAGUCCCAACCGCACCGGACGGUCCGCAAAGUUGUACUUCUACCCAGUUUUCUUACUACCCCAGCGCGAGGACAUCAUCAGACCACCAGCUGUGCGUCGACC